UUACACUUGGCAAAAUGCAGUCAGGCAAGUUCCGUUCUCCUGGCAAACGCCAAACCCAGACACGUCCAUCGGAUUGCCAGACAGAGAAGUGUAAUCCAUCACUCCAGAGAACACGUCUCCACUGCUCUAGAGUCCAGUGGUGGCGGCUGAAUUGCUGUUCCCAGUUUCUUCCACUUUGUUAUAACACCACUAACAGCUGAGUGUGGAAUAUUUAGUAGCAAGGAAAUGUCACGGAUGGAUUUAUUGCUCAGGUGGCAACCUAUCAAGGUACCACGCUCUAAUUCACUGAGCUCCUGAGAGCGACCCAUUCUUUCACAAAUGUUUGUAGAACCAGUCUGCAUGCUUAG